GAUUUUUAUUAUUGGAUUGAAACCUGGCGACUGCAGUAGAUGAUUUCACAUGUUAACAAUGUGUCCUAUAUUUUCCUCUCUCCAUAUGUUUGAUGCAUAUGGAAAUCAUGUUGUGGGAGGCUUGGAAGUUCAGUUGGAUGUUGAGGGAUUUGAGAUGCUAGAUCAACUAGGCCCGAGGCAUAAGGUGGACCAUCAUGGACGUGUCGACCUUAGUGGCCUCUUGAAAGUAACAGCUGGUUAUGGAGAGAAUGCAUCGCUCUCUGUGUCAUCAGGCAAUAAAGUCUUUUUUAAACAAGAAUUUCAGAUUGAGAAAAGAGAACUGAGAAUCGCAUCGAAGGUCAGUGAUUAUCUGCUUCAUAUGUUGCUAAUUUUCUUUUUCCCACCUUUUCUUAUCUAAAAAUAUUGUGACUAGGUACCUGAGAUUCUUACUGUUGGUUCCAAACUAGAAAAUAUCAUUUUUGAAAUUGUCAACUGUGAGGGUAUUGUGGAUGAUACUAUCCACGAUGAAGAGAAAACUGGCCUGUCACAUAUGCUAACAAUAAAGGCUGAUUGGCUUAAUUUGGGAGAGUCUAUCUGGUAUACUUUCAAGCAUGGGCGCUGCAUUGUUCCUGCUAUUCCUUUAUCUAAAAUUGCACGAAACUAUAGCUUCUUAGCUAUCCAUUCUCUCCAUUCAAACCUUAGUCUGAAUGUUGAGGUGGGAACAACUAUGUAAAAGCUAUAUGUGAUGUUUUUGUUUUGUUGCUUGAAGUAGUUUACAAACCAUUACUUAUUGGACGAUUGCUAUACUCCAUAUGCAGGUUCAUGUCAAACCUACUAUACCAAAUCCAAAAGUGGAGCAUGAUGGAAAAAACUUCUCCACGGUCAUUGAAAAUAAUAAAAAGGUACAAGCAUACAACUACUAAUUGUCACUUUUACACUACUUUUCAAAGAAUAUGCAGUUUUUAUCUUGGCACGGACUAACCAUUGUAAUAAUUAUUUUUAUUCAUCUAUAUUGAGUUUCACAGGCUUUAGGAAGAUAGAUCUUCCCUUCGUGUACACAUUUCAUGCUGGAUUUAGGAUUUCUUGAGUUUCUUUAUUUCUCUACAGGUCUUUG